AUGGAUCUUUUCGAGGAUGAAGAGCUAGACGCGGAGAAUGUGAUCAGUCUUCGGUUGGAUUUAGAAAAUAUUAAAGAAUUCUAUAAUGCUCCGGAUCGUUGUUAUGGAACAGGAAAAGAUAUUCUGAACACAUAUUGGGUUUUCGGCUGCUAUUAUGAUCCUAAAGUUGACAAAUAUGUGAUGUCGGCCAUUGGCGAAGAAUUAGAAAAUGUUCGGUGUGACGUCACAUUCAGUGUCGUCCAACCAAGAGCUCCAACAAUGGAACGGCUGUUGGCUAGACCUAACAAUCAGCGAAAGAAAAAAAUUGUGAAACAAUUUUUCCGGGAAGCCGCUAAUAUACCCGGCGGGGAAUGGGAAACCGUCUUCACGGACGAGAGGAACAAAUUUGAAAAUUGGGCACUUCUCGGAUACGUGGAAUAUCAAUUUCGCGUGGAACUGACUCCUUUUCUACUUCCGGAGCCAGAACCAGGGAUGGAGCCGGAAAUGGUCGAUGAUCAAGAGCCCGAAGAAGUCGAGGAGAACGAAAUCGGAAAAGAAGAAGAAGAGCAGGUCGAGCGGAAACCUGAAAUUUUCGAAUUGUGCUUGGACCUCUGA